AUGACGACCACCUCCCCGCACACCACCUACAUGCAGAAAUGCAUCUCCCUCGCCGAACAGUCCCCUCCUCGACCGACAAACUUCCGCGUGGGCGCAAUCCUCCUCUCUCGAAAAGACGGCGACUCUACCUACACCGACGACCGCAUUCUCUCCACAGGCUACACCAUGGAGUUGGCCGGAAACACCCACGCCGAGCAGUGCUGCUUUGCGAACUAUGCCUCCGUCAACAACGUUGCCGAGGAGCAAGUGGGCGAAGUACUGCCCGUCGAGUCGGGCCGAAAGCUCAUCAUGUACGUCACGAUGGAGCCAUGUGGGAAGAGGCUGUCAGGGAAUGCGCCGUGCGUGCAGCGGAUUACUAGGACUCGGGACGGUGGGCGCGAGGGCAUUCACAAGGUUUACUUUGGUGUGAAGGAGCCGACGACUUUUGUUGGGGAGUCUGAGGGGUGUAAGAUGCUUUCGGAUGCGGGGAUUGAGUGGGAGCAUGUCGCUGGUUUGGAGAGGGAGAUCUUAUCGGUCGCUGUGGCUGGUCAUGAGAACCCGGAGGAGGAGGUUAGGUCUGCUUUGGGGAAGAUGGGGACGAAUGUUGAUGAUAUUAGUGAAGAGGAGAGGCAGAGGCAGGCGCAAAUACCCCGCAACCCGAAAAAGAGGAUGAUGGAGGGGGAAAACAUUAUUUACUAG